CCUUUCCGACCGCACCCCGAGUGAUGCCUCUACAGUUUUGCUUUCCGCAUCCUUAUCUACCUUACCUAGCAAGCUCAAGGCGCAUUGUUAAUUCGAGACUAACAGUAGUUGCAGCUGCAUUCACAGAAAACCCUCGUCACCGGAUCACUCAACGCUCCUCUCUAUGCCGCGCAUGGCGACCCAAAGUCACGUAAUGGAUGCCCUUAGAGACUCGAACCUUGACUCGAGCCGUUGGUCAAGAGACGUAGCCUGAGUGGUGCGUGACAAGUAUUGAACCUGUGUGUGACUUGUCUCCUCUCUCCCUCCCCCCAUUCAAAUCAUAGUUUGCUCUGACGUUUCUCCCGACUCACACCCGUCAGCCGCUUGACUCCACCCGACCAGCAUCCGCUGCUGGCGCCUGGUCAUGCUUCCCCAGUCUAACCCGCACCGGCUCGUCUCUGGUCCUCAAAGCUAGUCCAUUGGAAUGGGCUGCCCUGAAUCGCAACGGCCGACGAUCCCCGUUGCCAUGUCUGUCUGUUCCCCCGUACUGUACUGGAUAGCUUUGGUCCCAAGCUUCUCGCUGGAGGCUGGCUGGACGAAGGAUGCCCAGAACCCAGGACGCGAGGACGCUCAGACGACCAGUCUGAGGUGAACACCGGCAGCCGUGGUGAAACCAACUAACAGAGGCCACACCAGCCCCUCUUAUUCAAUUCAGAGCCGUGAUCGUCCCUGAGGUCGUCCUCCAGACUCGCGUUGUCUGCCAAACAAGCCUCUUGCGGGCGUCGCAGGUCCCUCAGUGCCCGUACUGCCCAUUCUCGAGAGAAGGGCAGAGCCCUCGGCUUGUCUGCUGACCACGAGGGUGGAAUAUCACAAAGGCCCGGACCGUUGUCGAUCCCGAUCAGCCAACCCUUGCGCCAAUCGCCGCAAUAAUUCCCGGGUCAGUUCGGCUUGUCAAGCGUAACGUAGCUAGCUCCGGUUUUCGUCAAGUCAAUCGCACAAGAUUUACCGAAUCUGGAUUCUCGCGAGGUCACAAAAAGCCAGACCUCGACACAAUCAACAGCCUUGGCGCCGGUCCCAACGACGACGUUGCGCUAGAUUGGAAUACCUGCCGCAGCUGUCAGGCUGCGUCGGCUGCGCGCCUGCUUUCUGAUUGUUUCACCCGCAACUCGCGCUCCUCCUUGAUUUCGUUCAACAACACUGCUUUUGGCCUCGUUCUAAGGAGAGCCAUUGUUGGUGGUUGCAGUGACUUCAAUGGCUUUGCUGACGUGGUCGCCGGAUCUUCCGCUAUCCUUGGAGGAACAAGUCUCAGACCGUCGGACGUGACGAAUGAGAGCGCAACAAGCGUUCUUUUUGGUCAUCACACCAAGGAGCGAGAACAGCUUGGCUGGCCGCUGGGGACACUCGCCGGGGCCACGUCCACGCCGGCUGCUAUGACUUUGACAGCACAGUUAGGAUGGCAGUCUGCGAGUACCCCGAUUUAAGGGCCGAGAGCGCAGCAGAUGUAGCAACUAUGUCCGGUCCAACGGUAUCGGUUCCUGAGGGUGCAGCGGAGAAUUAUUAGGCUUUCGCCAAUGCAAACUCAAAGAUUCGUCAUCAACAAGGCAUGCGUUUCUUAGCCUGUCCACAUCCACCUGACACGCUAGCUCUGGCCCGUCGCGGCAGAUCCAUCACCAGAGCGAGCAGCGAGGCGUCAGUCGUCGUCGAUCAGUGAAGAUCCGCCUUCGUGCCCUGAGGUGUCUGUGGGCAGGCGUACCUGGACAAGAUUGCCGGCCAAGAGGCACGGAAACGGCGCUGAACGAGGCAUCUUAGUCAGCCGAAACGGGGCCGAUCAGGCCCGGUGACGCAUCCCGGGGUGCUCGCCGUGUCUCGGCCAAGCCAGGUGGUCUCACUGCUGAUGGAGCCGAGUGCGGGCCCACAAAUUGCCGACUGAAGAGCGGAAGAAUAACGGACGGAAUACAGUAACGGACCCGAAGAUCUUGAUCAAAGAGCCCCUCCCUUCAAGCGCCGCGGCGGAAAUACAUAGGCGCUGCGCUUGGCGUACAUGCGUGACCUCUGGUUCAUGUGUUGCACAGAAGCAUGCAUUCGUAGAGAUGUUUUGAUGACCGCGGCGACUGUCACGACUCAAGACUCGAAUUCAUUGGGUGAGUCAUCAUGACCUCGUCAUAGAUGGUUAGAAGAGCCAAUCAGAUCAAAGCGCUAGAUCCAUCUCGGACGUCGGACAGCAAAAUCCAUCCGCGUCAACCUAUGCGCUUGCUUUGCCAAUGGGUGCGUAUCUGCCACGGCACACUGUUCCUGAGAGUGCCGUAAAGAGUAACUAACAGAGAGAGAUACGUUUGCCGCUGCUUCCCAUCGGCCUUUACCCUGUGUUUUGUUUGUAUGUGCUUUGUUGGAAUCAGUACCGUGGUUAGUUGCAUCACGCUGCAGCCUCCCGAGUCUCCCGCCCCUGCCAGCCGAGUCCGGCUGUGAAUAUCGGCUUCGGCCCUGAGGCCCACUUGCGGCUUUCCUUCCCUCCCUCUCACUCCCCCCCGCCGAAGACGCGGAAGGCAAUUUCGCCGUUCAUCAUGGAUACCGACGAUGGCGUACAAUCGGAGCUUCCGGGCUCUGCCGCUAAUGGCUCCGAGCCGCUGGCAUGCGUAACCUGCCGGUCCCGAAAGCUAAAGUGUGACCGAGUGAAGCCGACAUGUAGUCGGUGCUUGAAAGUUAAGGGGGAAUGUGUGUAUCCUGAAUCGAGAAGAAAACCCGCCUUCAAGAGGAAGAAUGUCAAGGAGCUUGAGGAGAGGCUGGCACAGGUGGAAGAUCUUCUCAAGGAAGCCGGCAAGACCAAUGGGGCGGUGUCGUAUGAGGGUGACCUGGAUAGCCGAGUCAAUGUCGGCAUGGACGAUUUCCACGUCGAUCUCGAGACGCUCAUGGCAAUGCAGAACGGGGCGUUUGACGACAAAACAAAUUUCUUGUCUGGAGUACCUGGGGAUGGAUCUCAGGUGCCCGGCUUUGCCGAAUCGUCAGGGGAGCUCAUGGGGCUUGGGCUCUCGGAAGCCCUGCCCCCUUUUGAGAUGAUGGAAGAGCUCAACAAGAGCUUCUUCGAACGCCAGCAGCAUUUCAUCCCCAUCAUACACCCUGGCCGAUACCUGCAGUCCUUCUACUCGGCGCCUCACAAGCGCCCUCCCAUGUGUUUGCAAUAUGCCGUCUGGGCCAUGGCAUCUAACGGACAUGAAAAAUACUCCCAGUACCACGACAUCUUUUACAAGCGAGCUCGGCAAUACGCGGAUGCUGAUGAGAUGAAGGGGUUCGGCGAGCACUUCCUGACGGUGCAACACGCCCAAGCGUGGGCGCUCAUUGCGACAGACGAAGCAAGGUCCUUGUUCUUCACGCGAGCCGCCAUGAGCUCGGCCAAGUGUGUCCGUCUUGUGGAAAUGAUGGGCCUGCACCGCGUCGACGGCGAUGGCCAGGAGAUGGCGCCCACCCUGGCGCCGCCUACCUCGUGGGUCGACCUCGAAGAGCGAAGGCGAGCCUUUUGGGGCGCCUACUGCAUCGACUGCCACGCAAGUAUCGCCACCGGAUGGCCGACGCUGAUCGACCCCAAUGAGAUCUCGACGCACCUUCCCUCAUCCGAGGAAGCCUUCAACUCGGCCCGCGAGGAGACGACGUCCACCCUGCCAGAGGCAUUCAAAGGCGCCUCGUAUUCGACGUUUGCGGGAGCCGUCGUCAUCUGUUACAUCUUCAACAAGCUCCUGAAGCACGUUCACUGGGAAAGGCCGACCGACAGGCCCUCGGACGUCGAGUACGGCGAGUUCUGGAACCGGCACAGAGAUAUCGACAACAUGCUCUCGAGCGCCUUCAUGUUUCUCCCAGAACGCUUCCGGUUGCCUCAGAGCAUGCGCGAUCCCACGGCCGUCCACACGAACCUCAACCUCCACGCCUCGGUCAUUUGCCUGCACCAUGCGGCGAUUGACAGAGUCGAGCAAUACAAGCUACCGGAUAACCUAAAAAUGGCGUCACAACUCAGGCUGCGGACGGCGGCAGAGGAGGUGGUGAAUAUCGUGAAGUUGACGAGUCACAUGAACUCGGGCUACAAGAGCCCCAUGGUCGCCUUAUCGUUGUACUCGGCUGCGUCGGUGUACGUGUACAUGGCCAAGUGCAACCCCGAAGCCGGCAUAUCGAGGAUGGACCUGCAGAGCCUCAAGUUCAUCAUCAGCGCCAUGGAGGCGAUCGGACGGAAGCACAUCAUCACGCAGGCCUUCCUUCAGCAAAUCUUCAUGGACGUUGAGCGAAACGGCCUAUCGGACAUCAUCGACCUUCCCAGCCUGACCAGCUACAAAAACCUGUUUGGCUGGACGUGUUCCAAUAUCCCACUCCUCGCAAGAAGCUCCAUAUCAAAGCAUACCGAGAUCCAGUCACCCCUGCCUGGCCGGCUGCCGCUCGGCAACCCCAAGGGCACAGCCUACGAACACUCCCUCACGACGGAAUCUGGAUGCAACUCCUUGGUACCAAACUCGGCCAACAUGCACAGCGCAGCCGAGAGCGCCGGUGUCGCCGGCCUUCGACUCGGCAAGUUUGACAGAGUCAUCGCACCGACCUCGCCAGCGAGCGAAGCCCGCGACAACGGCCCGAACAAGAGAAGACGGACAUCGCUGACAGCCAGCCUGGAGGAAGCCACUCACGCCAAGGCCGGGGUGUUCAGCGGGACCUUCCCCUCCAACGCAAACAUGCGGGCCGCGCCGCCCCCCUCGAGCAACGGAAUCGACGGUGUGGGUGGUUUCGGGAUGGGCCUAUUGCGCGCGACGGGCAUGAUGAAGUCGGCGCCGAGUCCACAGAUCAGCCUGCCGCAUCGGAGCUCCCCGGCAUCGGUGGCGUCGCCCUCGUCGGCUUUCAACAAGAGCACGCCCUCACAAUCAACGGGAAGCAAUAGCAACAGUAACAGCAAUAGCAGCGGCAGCAGCAGUAGCAACGCAACGCCCGGUAUCGGACACAGCGACGCGUGGCCGGAGGACCGGAGCACGCGGAGCAGCCACAACGGCGGCGGCAACGCUAACGAGAUUAUUGACAUUACGAGCAUCCAGAACGCCAUGAUGGGAGGUGCGGGAAUGGGGGCGACGACGUCGUCGUCUUCUUCGUCGACGUGGGAUUCGAGGGGGCUGCAGUACGCGCCGAGCGCGGACCCGACUUCGUUUAUGAAUCUGAACUUCGAUUCGAUCCCGCCGGGCAUGGGCAUCGACCCGUGGACGAUGCUGGCGAACAUGGACGAGAUGACGUGGAUCGAUGCUGGGGAGGUGGCGGCCGUCGCCGCAGAUGCGAAUGAGACUGGAGGAGGCACGGCAUAGAGAAAAGACGGGGGUCUGGGAUGUCCCAAUAUGCAUCGCGAAUUGGAUGGCGCUGGGGGGGGAGGUACCGAGGCUAUGGAUAGAGACACGCCAGCGGUCUCUGUUCAACCUGGGGCAUUGCGGAACCAGGGAGGGGGUCAUCUUGUGUUCCUCUACAUUCAUGAACGGAGGGGAUGCUCUAAUAUUAUAUCCAGGAAAUGGAACGCGCGCAAACGAGAUGUCCAAGCCGGGACACGGGUGCAUAUCCAACGGCCGCGAGAGGUUACUUGGGUGCAGUGGGCGGCCGUGAUGGAGGCCUGACUAUGGUCACUAACCACAAUAAUGGCGCUCGAGGUAAAAGGUUAAGACGAAUCCCACUCAGAUGAAAAACUCAACCGUACAAAAUUUCUGUAGACACGACAAGAAAUGUCACUUGAAAUCUCGAAAAGUUCGUCGGUUGUAGCCUUCGUGAUGGUCCUGGUUUUGGGUAGGUAAGGUUGUCAUGGGAUAAAC